AGUUUCUUGGUUGAGCGUUCCAAAUUCUCCCAUUAAUUUUAAUAGAAGUGGCCCAUCUCUGCUAAAUAUCUCUGGUAACAUCUAGAAUUUCGAGUUUCCACCUUGAACUUCCGACUUCGCAUGGUCAAUAAUGUACUCGGAACUAGUAAUUACGAUAUUUCCGAGUCCGCUUGAAGGGCACGUAAAACCCACUUUGACUUUUGACACAACAGCACUUGCGUAGUACGCCUCGGACGGUCCCUUCGCUGAACCCGCACCGAUAGAGAUACAUGGAAGCGCACACGCAUUUCAAUAAGCGGACAGGACUGAAAAUCGUUCUGGAGGGGAACCAGCCCGAAAUGGUUGAUGCAGUUAGGUCCGGACGUGGCCACAGCAACACCGGGGCAUGUUGGCGAUGGCUGGUCAGCCUUGCGCUCUACGCGUCAUCUCUUGGGCUGGGAAUGGCCAUCUCUGUAUUGGGCCCUACCUUUGAAGACCUGGCUAUUAAUGUCAACAAGAACAUCAGUAAUUUGUCCUAUAUCUUUGUGGGUCGUUCAUCGGGAUAUGCUGGAGGCUCUCUGUUAGGAGGGAUCCUGUUUGACUGCGUGAAUUCCCAUUUGUUGCUGGGCUUCUCAUUGUUGAUCACAUCAUUUGGGAUGUUUGGGACUCCAUUCUGUAAACAAGCUUGGCUGCUCACAGCUUUGGUGUCUAGUGUGGGGAUGUCAAUGGGUGUUAUAGAUACAGGUGGUAAUGUUCUCAUACUGAACACAUGGGGAGAACAGGCUGGCCCUCACAUGCAGGCUCUGCACUUCAGCUUUGCCGCUGGAGCAUUUGCCUCCCCGAUAAUAGCCAAGCUGCUGUUUGGCCAAAAGAAAGAUCCCAGCAUGAAUUCCACAACUUAUGCUCCUCCAUUGUCUGUCAGCUCCUCCAAGACCAUCCUUCCAUUUUCCCAUCCCAAGAUCAACAUUAUAUCAUCCAUGUGGGCCUACAUUGUAAUUGGUGCAUUUGUAUUAUUGGUGUCACUCCUCUUUUUCAUCCUGUAUUUCAGUAGCCCCCCCAUCUCAAACCGAGUUAAGACAGCUUCAGGAAAGCCGCUGUUCUCCAAACACCACAACACUCUCAUAUUCCUGCUGUCCAUGUUUUUUUUCUUCUACGUUGGUGGAGAAGUAGCAUAUGGGUCCUUUAUAUUCACCUACGCGAAGGUCUACGCUGGUAUGGAUGAGGCUCAAGCAGCAGGGCUGAACUCUGUUUUUUGGGGAACGUUCGCAGCUGGCCGUGGUCUGGCUAUCUUUUUUGCAACUUGUUUGCACCCAGGCACCCUGAUCCUGCUGAGUGUAGUGUGCACUACAGUUUCCUCACUCCUGCUGAUGCUUUUAAGCAGAAGUAACCCUGUCCUCUGGAUUUGCACCGCCCUGUAUGGUCUCUCCAUGUCUACCAUCUUUCCCAGUGGGAUUUCAUGGUUGGAGCAGUACACAAAAGUGACAGGGCGGUCAGCAUCAGUGUUUGUAGUGGGAGCAGCCCUUGGCGAGAUGGCACUGCCAGCCCUGUUGGGCUUCUUACUGGGGAGGGUGCACAAACAGCCAUUGUUGAUGUACCUGGCAUUCGGCACAUCCAUCUUCACUUCCAUCCUCUUCCUUAUCAUGUACAAACUAGCAUCACGAGGAAGGGACUCUUAUAUACAGAAAGUGCUGGGUAAACACACCACGGAUAACAGUGAGUACUGCCAAGCCCUACUAGACAAUAUGGAGGAAUUGGAGGAGCUGGAAAAUAUUGGUGAAACCAACCAAUUUAAAUAUACAGAUGAUGCCAGCCUUGCAAACUCCACUGCCAAUGCUUCAGUGUCAUCUGAUGUUGCAGCCACUGCUCAUGCUGAGCAGUCAAUGGGCACUUCAGCAGACCCCACAGAUCCUGUCUCUAAGACUUUCCUCAAUAGGGAAGACUGAAUUUCCAGACCUGCUAUUCCAGAUCAGAUCCAGUUUCUAUUAAUUUGACCCAAUCUAGGCUUCUAAACUCUGCUUUCCUUAAUGCUUCAAGUUCUAUGUCUCUUCUUUCUCAUUUGCCAUGAAUGUUGAACUGCAGGAACAAUUUUCAGUUCAUGAUGUUUUCCAUUUGAAGAGGACAUUCUGCAAUCAAAGGCCCUGGAGGCAAGAUGGUAAAAUGUCUGAAAAGUUUUAUUGUUGAAAUUGUAUUAAAUUAAAUUAAUUAUUUAAAGUAAUUAUUGAAGACUCACAAUGUAAGUUGUGUAUUCACUAAAUAUUUCUAGUAAUUUUGUAUUUAUUUUUUGCCUUCAAAUGUUAUGUUUAGAAUUGAUGGAAUUUUCCCAUCUUUGGCAUGCCACAGAAAAUAAUUUUGACUCGUUCCAGAAACAAGUGUUUAAAGUAAUACACUUACAGUCAAAGUCAAAGGGACAAAACAGAAAUUUUCAGCAAAUUAUUUUGUUAUAUAACAUAUAAUCUUUGAUUUUAGCUGUAAAGUUGAUUAAACAGCCCUUUUAGAAGAUGGGACCACUGUUCUAGAUUGAUAAUCUUGUGGUCAUGCCUUAGCUUUGCUCUAGAUCAAUAUGAGUACUGGCAGGGGCGUAGCACCAAAUUUUGGGCCCUGGGUACAAACCAUCUUGCUGGGCCCCCGUACCAAAUACCAUAGUGAUACCAGUGGGUUGGGGUAUUGCAUUUUUUUCAUAAAAACACUUAAAAUGUAAACAAAAUAAGCCACACUCUGAUUAAUAUUUUUUUGUUUUAUUGUCAUAAGUACUACUUACUGAGAUGACAAAAGGUCUAGCAGGUGCAAACCUGGACUAAAUCAAAUAUACUGUAAAGCAGUUCUGAACAAUGACCAUACAAAAUGAGAAAAACUUUGGUCUGUACAUUAAUAAACACAAACUAAAUGUCAGUUUUUACUAAAUGCCCAUUGACGGGUCUUUGCAUGUGCAAAUUUGCUGAUCAGGUCUUUAAAGUCCAGUUUUUUGGCCAACUGACUUUCUACAGAGUGUAUGGCAAGGCUGUUCAGUCUAUCCUGGGACAUUGUUGAUCUUAAAUAGUUCUUUACAAGUUUAAGUUUACUGAAAGCACGUUCCCCUCUAGCAACAGUCACUGGGAGUGUACAAAAGAUCCUCAAGCCAAUGCAAACUUCUCCAAAAAUGCUUUCUAGCUG